CCGCGGCCGGACACGGGAGGGCUCCGGGUCCGGCAGCCACAGCUGGGAGCCCUACGUGUCACUGCGAGCAGCUGCGGCGGCGGCUGCGGCGGCCCCCCGGGACCCGGAUAGCACCCGGGCAGCAGCCCGAGCGAGCGAGCAUCAUGCCGGCUGUGGACAAGCUCCUGCUAGAGGAGGCGCUGCAGGACAGCCCCCAGACUCGUUCCUUACUGAGUGUCUUUGAAGAAGAUGCAGGAACCCUCACAGACUAUACAAACCAGUUGCUUCAGGCCAUGCAGCGAGUUUAUGGAGCCCAGAAUGAGAUGUGCUUAGCUACCCAACAACUUUCCAAGCAGCUACUGGCAUAUGAGAAACAGAAUUUUGCUCUUGGCAAAGGAGAUGAAGAAGUCAUAACCACCCUCCACUAUUUUUCCAAGGUGGUGGAUGAGCUUAACCUUCUCCAUACAGAGCUGACAAAGCAACUGGCAGACACCAUGGUACUUCCCAUCAUUCAGUUUCGAGAAAAAGAUCUCACAGAAGUCAGCACCUUAAAGGAUCUCUUUGGCCUUGCAAGCAAUGAACAUGACCUGUCCAUGGCAAAAUACAGCCGGCUGCCAAAGAAAAAAGAGAAUGAAAAGGUGAAGUCUGAGGUUGCAAGAGAGGUGGCCACAGCCCGGAGGAAACAGCAUCUCUCAUCCCUCCAGUACUAUUGUGCCCUGAAUGCUCUUCAGUACAGGAAGAGGAUUGCAAUGAUGGAGCCCAUGUUAGGAUAUGCCCAAGGACAGAUAAACUUCUUUAAGAAAGGAGCUGAGAUGUUUUCCAAAAGGAUGGACAGCUUUUUAUCUACCACUAGAGCCAUGGUCCAAAGCAUACAGGAGGAAUCGGAGGCCGAGGUAGAGAAGAUGCGGCUGUCCCAGCAGGAGCUGCUCUCUGUCGAUGAAUCUGUUUACACCCCGGAUUUUGAUGUCGCUGCACCAGCCAUCAACAGGAACCUCAUCCAGAAGGCCGGUUACCUCAAUCUCAGAAACAAAACUGGAUUGGUCACCACCACGUGGGUGAGGCUCUACUUCUUCACUCAAGGUGGGAACCUCAUGUGUCAGCCUCGUGGCGCUGUCGCUGGUGGCUUGAUCCAAGCUGACAACUGCUCUGUGAUGGCUGUGGACUGUGAGGACCGGCGUUACUGUUUCCAGAUUACCACACCAACGGGAAAAUCGGGGAUAACCCUUCAAGCUGAAAGCAAAAAGGAAAAUGAGGAGUGGAUAUGUGCCAUCAACAACAUCUCCAGGCAAAUCUACCUGACUGACAACCCUGAGGCUGUGGCCAUCAAGUUGAAUCAGACAGCUCUCCAGGCAGUGACGCCAAUCACAAGCUUUGGAAAAAAACAGGACCCCUCACGCUCGAGCCAGAACCAGAAGCAUUCAGAUUUAGAAAAUGACAAGAUGGUCCCUAACACACCAGCUAGAGUCCCUGAUGCAGACCAGUUAAUCGUACCCGGAACGCCUAUUCAAUUUGAUAUCGUCCUUCCUGCUACUGAAUUUCUGGAUCAGAAUCGAAGUGGCAGGCGCACAAACCCAUUUGGCGAAUCUGCAGAUGAAAAUCACCCCAAUGAAGAGGAUUCCCUGUUGCAGCAGAUGUUUAUAGUUCGGUUUUUAGGAUCCAUGGCUGUCAAAACAGACAGCACCAGCGAGGUGAUUUAUGAAGCCAUGAGACAAGUGUUAGCCGCACGUGCGAUCCAUAAUAUCUUCCGCAUGACAGAAUCUCAUCUGAUGGUCACCAGCAAAACUCUGAGGCUGAUCGACCCUCAAACCCAAGUGACAAGGGCCAGCUUUGAACUCACCAGCGUCACGCAGUUUGCAGCCCAUCAAGAAAAUAAGAGAUUAUUUGGUUUUGUUGUGCGUGUUCCCGAGUCUGCUGGAGAAGAAUCCCUGAGCACAUACGUGUUUGAGAGCAACACAGAGGGAGAAAAGAUCUGUUAUGCUAUUAGCUUGGGGAAAGAAAUUAUUGAGGCUCAGAAGGACCCUGAAGCACUAGCUCAGCUGAUGCUCUCCAUGCCACUGACCAAUGACGGAAAGUUUGUGUUACUGAACGACCAGCCGGAUAGUGAAGAUGGAAACCCCAGUGAAAACAAAGGAGCCGAGUCGGAGGCAUAAGCCCAUUUUUGCUGGUGGUGGAGAAGAUACCGGGGAGCCCCUCUCUACGGGGGUUCUCAGUGUUUCUCACCGCUGGGCAGUUUUUGAAUUCUGACAAUCAAUCGCAGAAUGUUUCAUCCAAGCCUUGGUGCUGUGAGACCGAGAAGGAACUACAGUAAGACACGGCUGCCGAUGUCUCAUUUCUGCCGAGUUUAAAAUGUUUUAGGUACUUUAUAGCAAAGGCCUUGUCCUUGUUUGCAUUAUAUAGUUCUGAAUGAAGGUUGAGGGGGGAAAAAUGCACUGUUCGCUUUAUUUUUCAAUGAAGUCAUCCCUCUCCCCUCAGUUCCCAGCGUCCUAAGUGUGGCUGUAACCUGGAUUUACAAUUUGAUAAACACUAAAUGUUUCCUAUUAAUAUAUAAUCUAUUUUUGUACUUCAUCUAAUGAGCUUCAAGUGCCUCUCAUUCUUACAUGACCAAGCUGUAAAGAAACACAUUCACAGAGGCCGCUAUUCUCUGACUCCUGGGCUUGAGGGUUCCCUCCCCUCGGGUGGGGGAGUUAGCUGCCUGAGACGCAGGGACAAGUCUGGCUUCAGACAGCCAUCCCAUGCAUUGAUCAUACAAUAAAAACCUGAGCACAAUAAGACGUAUGAUUUUGUAGUGAAGUGGAACACAACCAGCAUCCAGGAGGCCCUGGAACAAGGGGCAGACCUUCCCCACCCCACCCACCCCAUGCCCGCAGCGGUGGAGCCCCUAUGGAAAGUCACAUGCUGCUCUCUAGAUUCCUGUUUCUGCUGAGCCAGACCUGUCCCAGGAAAGGGACCAACUGUUUCUCAAGUGGAUUGAGCCACAACCGGGAAAGGCUGGAAUUCAAAGCCCAGUUAUCCACCCUCCCCGCUCCCCUCCUCCAUAAAAACUUAAUAUUCUUCCUACUGAUACCUUAACCAGAUCUGAUGAUGGAGUCGAGUGUCUUCCCCAGCUGGAUUUCUGGUCUGCCUCUGAGCCCUGUAAUCCUCCCCCUUCCACGAAAUAAGCAGACAGGAAUGAUGGUCUUGAAUUGGUAUGGUUUAUAGUGACAGAGUCUGACAAUUCACAGCUGUCUUUGUUAUUAAACUAGUCUAGCAAAGAAACGCUAGAAAAUAAAAAAAGUCUGUAUCA